AUGUUGCAAGAAAACAGCGGAGUGAGGUAAGCCCAAUGAGUCUUCUCUGUUUUAUGCAAAUUCAAUUCCCAAUUCGUCUGAUUUUCUGGUUAAAAAUGAUAGUUUAUCAGCGGAAAGUUCCAAUUCAGAGGUUCUGUCGUUUGUGAUCAUUAUUCUAUGGUUCUGGGUCCUCCACCAACAAGCUUUCCAUCUUUUUUCUGAAACAAGUAGCUUACUUAUCAAAAUCAUUUAUGUGUGAUGGAAUGAUCAUCUGCUUGAUUACCCACAACGAUGCCAUGACAUGCAUUGUCUGAAAAAAAUCGGAACAGAAAAGCCCUUUUCAAACAUUUUGAACAAAGUUAGAAAAAUCCGAAUUUCGGAUGUAAUAAUCCAGUUUCCCCCGCAGUAACUAAGGCAAUUGAAGAAACAUCUGACAUUGCACUGACCUUUGUUUUUCACUAUUUUGUCGUUGCAUGUCUUUUUGAUUAGCUGGAUUCUGCCCACGAUCCUCAUGAUCAUAACUAACGUCAUCUCAGUUUCUUUUCUGACAAAAAAUUAAACGGUUGCGCAAGAGAGGGGCAUCAUUGUCGUCGUUCAGAAAUCAAACGAGUUUUCUUCAUUCCAUACUCAGAAGCAGUUUAUAUUAUGCUCUUCCGACUACAGUAUCGUUCUCGUCCAAGCUCAAGAAUCACUCCCUUUGUCGCAAUGUGCUGAUUGUCCAAAAGUACACUAGCUCAAGACUACUUCACAGGGAACUGAGUAAUUCGUUUUGGUAUCUUCUUACAAACGUUUUCUCUGCUUUACUGCUUUACUUUUUGUAAGACGUUGAUUCUUGAAGACCGUUUCAAAGUGGCCGCGAUUUAGUUGACGCGAUUGAAUUUGUUCGAAACUGUUUGUGUACAUUCCAUAAAUGUCCGAGUGAGGAAAUCAUUCCGACUACGUUUUGAACUCAUUUACAACUUUGUAUUAAUAUUUGAAAUGUGAGUUCUCCUCAAAAUUUCUUUUCAAUAAAAUGUUCCGUGGGCAAUUGAAUGACGCAAUAAUCAACGUCAUGUCAGGCGGCCAGGACUCCGGGAUUGAUUAUUCUUCAUGAGGACAAUUUCGAGGUUUCCCGGCUCUGCCAGAGCUUCUGAUUGUUUGUCUAGAUGAUGCGGCAAUGCUGCACAAAACUUUCGUCUAUUAUGUCAUUUUGUUGCACACGGCCUAUUUCGGCUCUCCGAGAUUUUCAAUUUCUGAAGGCAUCCCAUUGUUUUGUAAACAAAGAGCUAAAAUGAGAAUCUUCCUACGGAAAGCUUUGUGCUACCACCCUGCCCUUUCAUUUGACGAACACCUUUAACACUUAUUCAUCUACUUCUAAUCCCCCUCAACUAGUCUAGCUCGCUGAUCUAUAAUUCUUGAACAAAGACUUUAAGUCAUUCGGAAAGUGAUGUGCAUUGGCUGUCAAACAUCAAAAGGUACAUACAAUUAACAGUCCCUGGUGACCUCAAAAAUGUGUUCUGAUUCGAGCAUCCGUCAUUUCUCGCUUCCUUCUUCCGCCUUUGCGCGUGUUUCUGGGCUGUUUCUUAAGUGUUUGCUCUUCAUCACAUCAUGCUCACUCUGUUCUCAGAAAGAAGGCCACGAUGGACCCCAGAUUAAAAAAGUUUAAUUUCCGAUCCUAUAGAGGUUCGGAUUUGCCUCAAUUUUAAUCAAAUAGUGGCUUCAGCCAUCCUCCAAGCCACAAAAAUUUGCUCCGCCCUAAUAUCGCAUGCGAAAUUCUUUCCGUUUCUUUUCUUUUCUCUUCCGCUUCCCUUCGCCCCCAUCGUUCUGACAUCGUCGACUCAGAGUGUGCUUUUCAGAAACACAUAUUCUCUUCUUAACUGAAAAUGUUGUUGACUGUUCUCCGGACAGUGUUCAGCUGCAACUAUAAGUACAAGAUGUCUGUUAAGAUCUCUAUUCUCUUUUUGACGGUCUUGUAUAACGCGGGAUUGACGCAGUUAUUGUGAGUAUUCUAUUCUCGGCACUUCAAGCGAGGUUCCAAACAAAAACGGAAAAUAGAAAAUCGCUUCGUACCUCAAAACUUGACUUCCUAUAUUUAACAAUUCAAUGCCAAGUAAACCUGACAGAUUUUCAAAAGUUCCAGAACAAAAUACCUAAACUGUUUCCGAUGGCCUUUGUGAACUUGUAGCUUGACUUGUUGCUCGGGCAACUCUACGUAACUGCCACAAACAACUGAAGAAAUUCAGUGGAAUAGAGGAUUAGAAGUAUAAAAUCAGACUGCUCCAAAUUUACUCUAUCAGAAAACCAUGUUUCCAUUUAUAUUUUCAGUUUCCGUACCACUUCUGUCGAUGAUACUCCCGAAAUGAAUCAUGUCGAUUACGUCGCCCACGUCAUCGUCAUGCCCAUCGUCUUGUCGAUCGGUCAGUUUCGCGCACUUACACUCACCCCUCAAUCCUUUUGUUCUAGGAAUGAUAAACCAAUGUCUGAAUGUGUGCACCCUCCUUCAUAUUCGGACCAGUAUAUUUCUCUAUUUGAAAGCAUCGGCAAUUGCUGACAUACUGAGCAUUGUAGCCUUUAUCCCGUUCCUUCUACGCCAUGCUCAAAUGAUCGAUCCGACCUGGGAGACCGGAAUGUUCUAUCAUGCUCAUUUUGAGCUCCCUCUAAUCAACGCUCUCAUUUCUGCCAGGUAAUACAACAUUCAGUUCGUCUUUCUAAGUAAGAUCUCAUUUUAAGUGCUCUGAACAUUGUCGCAAUGACGGUCGAUCGAUAUGUUUCUGUGUGCCAUCCAAUCAAAUUCUUUCAAAAUAAUGAAACGAAGCCUUCGCGACGUCGUACGAUGCUCAUAAUCGUCAUGAUUUACUUCAUUGCAUUGCUCAUCUACUUCCCGUCUGUAUUCCAAAAGAAAGUCGGAGUUAUGAUCGAUGCUACGCUGAAUGAGUGAGCAAACGUGGCAAGAUCCACAAUGACCCAUAUUUUCAGAACCGUUUACACAAUAGUCAGAAACGAAGAGGUCGAAGCUCUGCAGAUCUUUAAAUUCUACUUGAUUUUGAGAGAGGUUCUUAAUAAAAAGAUGGAAAACCAGAGUAAUCGGGCAAUUUCAGUGUAUUUGUCGUUGGGGUCCGGUGCUUCUGCUGGUUAUCCUCAAUAUGUGCGUGGUGCGCGGACUGCGGAAGCUCGAUAAGCGCAAUUGUGUUUGGAGACAACCCUCGCAGAACAGUCGCAACGAAACCACAGCUCAACGGCAACUUCGAACUCCUCGAGACGACCGUAGCCGUAUUUCCGUUCUUCUUUUUGUGACGUCGGCCACGUUUAUCAUCUGCAACAUUCCUGCUUCAGUUAUUUCCUUCUUUGUUGGGUAAGGCCGUCAAAUACAGUCCGUUUCAUAAGUAUAGGGCCAACCCUAUACUUGAAUACAUCCUCUUUCCCGAGCAAAAUACGAAGACAGGACAUUGAAAAUCGAAAUCAGCAUCACAAAUAACCCCCGGGAAACAACUUUUAGAGAAAUGUAUAGGAUAGUUGGGGAAUGGUGCUGAAAUAUCUGAAAAUGUUGCAUCUGCAAGCGUUUCAGUAUAGGGCCACUCCUGAAAACACCCUGGAAUCCUUUUAAACUGAUAAACAUGUGCAACAGUUUCGUUUUCAGUCGAGUAAGCGGUUCGUUGUUCUGGCAAAUCUUCCGCGCCGUUGCUAAUCUCCUGCAAGUCACCAGGUAAGAGAUCAUUUUUUUGUGAACGGAAAGGAACAGUUACUUAUGCAGUUACUUGUACAACUUCUAUCUCUACGCUCUGUGCUCGUCCGAGUACCGCCACGCAUUCCUUCGUCUGUUCGGAUGCCGAUCCAGUCCGUCGCCAACUUCUACCGGGGACUCGCCGACCGUACGUGUUUCGGUUCAUGGAAAACGGUGCCAGUGAGUGGAAUCUUUAUUCGGGCUCCCUAAAAAGCAUUCAUUGCAGAGCGGUCAUCCUUCUCGAGAAUGACAACAACAACUAUCCAGUGGACGAAGUGUGA